UUGCUGAAGGAACUCCUUGGAUACACGGGCAUCAUGAUGAAAAUGAAUGGGUCCAAAUCAUGUCCAUAUUGACACACAUCCACCCGUAACAUUACCAUGUUUUAAUCAAGCAACGAAGCAACAGUUCGGGGAUGGAGAGUGACAUUUUGGACUCCUUGGAGCAGCUCGGCUAUGACGGGCCUCUGCUGGAGGAGAAGGUGCUGUUAAGAGCGGCAGAGGGAGGCCUUUCGUCCCCGGAGUAUGUGGACCUCUGUCGGUGGUUGGCGUCCAGACUGAAGCCCCUCUGUGGUUUGGAGGAGAGCAUUACAUCUGGACCAGACGACAUGGACAGCCUCCAGGUAGAGAUGAGCGGUUUGCUGAAAGAGCUGCACUGUCCCUUUGAAGGAGCUGUUUCAGGGAUCCUCCGGGGCAGCACACGGAGCACAAAAGACCACCUAAAGUUUGUCUUGUUUUUGAGCUCUGAGCUUCAGGCGGCUCAGAUUGUCGGCGCCAGAAGAGACUCUGAGAAGCACCGAGAUGAGAGUCCAGUUCAGCGGGAGCUUUCAGCCAUCUGUGAGACGCUGACGCUGCCGGAGCCUGGAGGAAGAGAGGCAGCAGAGUUUUUUUCUCAAGUAAAAAACAAGGUGGAACAUUUGCUUCAAGAACUUCCUAAAGGCUCCAUUGGUUCUCCAGUGUUCAAGAAGUCUCUGAGCAGUGAGCAGUGGGAGAAGUUGCACGGCAUCAACACGGUUCUGUCGUCGGAGUACGAGUGUCGCCGCAGGAUGCUGAUCAAGCGGCUGGACGUCACCGUUCAGUCGUUCGGCUGGUCAGACAGAGCCAAGGUGAAGGUGGACAGCAUGGCCAGAGCCUACCAGCCCAAGCGCCACUCUCUGAAGCCUCAGUCCUCGGUGGACGUGGCCGAGCUGCUGGCGGCCAGGGAGGACAUCUGCAACGUGGUGAAGACCAGCAGCGGCUCCAGCCGGGUGAACACCGCCUGCGCCGUCAACAAGGUUUUGAUGGGAAGAGUGCCGGACCGAGGAGGACGUCCCUCUGAGAUAGAACCCCCACCGGCUGAGAUGCCCCCCUGGCAGAAGAGGCAAGAUGGAGGUGGAGGAUGGGGUGGGCAUGGCAGAGGACAAGGAGGCAGGGGGGGCUGGAGUCAAGGAGGUGGAGGAGGAUGGGGAGGCGGUGGAGAAUGGAAGGGAGGAGGAUGGAACCAAGGAGGACACAACAGACAUGGAGACUAUGGAGGACAUGGAGGGAAGAGAGGACGAUACCAGUAUUAGCAUCUGCUGUGUUUUGAGUUUUCAUCUGAUCCAAAUGUAGCUCUCUACACACGCACACACCAUAAUCUAACAUAAACUCAACUCAGUUUAUAUCUGGUGGAACAAAACACUCAUUUGAUGGCAGCCAACCUUCCCUCCUAAUUUUUUAUUUUGUGUUUUAUGGACAAGUCAGCUGUUGUUACUAGGGGUGCACUGAUUGAUCGGCCCUGAUUUCCUAAUUUUAUGUGAUCGGCCGAUACUUACAUGUGAAGCCGAUCUAAUCCAUCAAUCUUAUCUACCUCCACAUCUGCAGUAGGAGGCCUGAUUUAAACUAUUAAAUUCAAUUAUAAAUUAACAAAGCUCUAAACUUCUCAUUUUAUUUGAGAGCACUACCUCAUGUGCAGUUGGAACAAGUUUGUAUUGUUCAGUGUUUCCCAAUGAAAUAAGGUUGAAGGUGUUGAAGGUGACAAUGAAAAUUGGUAUCUGCCGGAACUGGAUUCAGCAAGUCAGGCUUUUUAGAGAUCGAUGAUCGGCCAGAAAACUGCAAUCAGUGCAUCUCUAGUCAUUACGAGAUCACAGGUAAUAAGCGGGUUCAAUUAAACUAAUGUAAUGUAGCUCCAAUUGGGAGCUACGGGUCGACAAACAAGACUUGUAGGACAGCUUUUCUGGAAAUUGUGUUUUACUUUGUUCUUUAGCAACACAGGCCUGGGAAACUGAUCGUGGAAUGCUUCAAGAUGCUAACUGUGUUUUACGUUUGACAACAAACUACGUAUUUUUAACUGUGAACACCUGAAGUAUUAGAGCGGGUGGAUCAGAGGAUGACUAUGAUCAAAUCUGCAGUGCUGGUUAAAAGUUACACCUGUUUUGCUCUUAACGUAAUAUCGGUUUUGGAUUUUUAAGUAUGAUUUUUAAUUGUUCUUCAUUUGCAUUUACACAACAAAUUCUAAGAAUUAGGUGCACAAGUUUGAAUUUAUGGUGGACGUUAUUGAAUCUACAUUUACACACAGACUCAAAUGUACAUGGAUGCCCUCUAAAUGUUUAGCUAAAUGUAACUCCAGUAGAGUUUUUCGACAAGCGUCUGCCAUAAUUCUGGUUGGUUUUUGACUCGAUUCUUGUAGAUUUAAACCUAGGCAACACAUUUUCAGUAGCUUUAAUUUGUGUUCAUUUCAAUACACUAACAAAAUGAAAUCAAUCAUUUUGACCAUUUGUGGAUUGGUGAAAAAGAAAAGUUUAUUCUUGCUAUUAAAAUGUUUAUUCGGCCCACCUCUGAGAGCAAACAAAUAAAGCAUAAAAAAAAACAAAUGUGAGUAUUUGAAUUAGCAUGAUGUGACUGUAAACGUCUGACCUGCACUGUAAAUGUGGCCAGUCCUGGUAAAACUCAUAGACAAGGUGAAGAGAACAAGAAGUAAAAUUGCAAGCUGUUGGAAAAGGUUGACCACAGUGAGAGGGCUUCAUUACCGUAAAUAUCUGAACAGAAAAUUGUAAAUUUCGUCAAUUUUUCUGCAUAAUUUCACAUGGAAAAAAGGAGAGCUCCUCUUAAAUUUGUAUUAUAUUUUAAACUGAAAACAACCAGCAGUGCUGUGAAUGUUCUACCUAGAGUAGAUAGGAGCCCUCGCAUCGGAUUUAAAUGAAUAAAAGCCUCCAUCAGUCUCCACAAAAUGGACUGAACAUCAACAGCUUGACGCAAAAACAACUUAUUUCAAUACUUUUACUUUUAUCGGCAACAGCAUGUUGGCUUUAAUACAUAUAGUUUAUAAACAUUUUUACAAUAUUUAAUUGGAGCAGAAUUUACAACGACAAAAAUACCUGUACACGGUUGAACCUUUACACUAUAGUUUUAAUUCUUAAAAAAGAAAAAUCUGAAGCAUUUAGCUCAUAUCGUCAUGUCUUAGAAAAACUUGUCAACAACAAUCAAGCUACCUGAAUAAAUUGACUUAAAUUUUUUGUUGUUGUUCCAGAGAGUCCGUAAACAUUUCUGUGCAGUUUAAACUCUUUAUUGCUUUAAUAAUCGCAGUGAGGAAUAAACGUGGGGCGACUCCAGUCGGUGCGGUGUGUGAGGAGAGCAGAACACCGGAACCGGAGACGCUCCGUUCAGCCGAACCAGCUCACUGCUGCGCGUCGUCUCAUUUAUACAGGAAAAAAAAUAAAUAAAACCACGUUUUAUUCGUAUCUCCUUCACAAAAUGCUUUAUCACUUCAAUAAAUUACACUCAUUCAGAAGCAUGUCCUUCUUGGCUUUCCAAAAUACAAAAAAAAGUUCCGCCUUCCCAUUUUAUAAGGCACUUUUUAAUAGCUUAGACAGUGUAUUGAUUUGAUUUUAGUUGCAGCAAACAGUAAAUCUUUAAAUACAAACUCCAAUUGUUAGAAACCCAUAAAUAAAUAAAACUCCCCCAUUCCCUCCAAUAGAAAAUAAAAAUUAGCACUUUACUCUUCGUUCCAGUUCUCAUCUGUCCAGUGUUUCACAAAGUCCAGUCCUCACUGUCCCUCUUACAGCAGGUGUGUGGCUUUAGAGCUCCUCCGAGGUAAAGUAGAUUUUGUUGAAACACUGCAGAUGCAUUUUUUUUUAUGCAAACAGCCUGAUUUAUU